CUAAAAUUAUGUACAGAGAGAGAAAGAGAGAGAGGGACCUGAGUUCUGUUAUCUUCUUAGUAGAUUCCUGUUGUCAGGGUCUCAGAGGGGGUGGGGGGGUUGGCAAAAUCCUGGAGCCAGAAGAGAGGACAGCGGCAUUGAUCAAUCUUACUGCUAACAUGUUGUACCUGGAAAACAAUGCCCAGACUCAAUUUAGUGAGCCACAGUACACGAACCUGGGGCUCCUGAACAGCAUGGACCAGCAGAUCCAGAACGGCUCGUCGUCCACCAGCCCCUACAACACAGACCACGCGCAGAACAGUGUCACGGCGCCGUCGCCCUACGCGCAGCCCAGCUCCACCUUCGAUGCCCUCUCUCCAUCCCCCGCCAUCCCCUCCAACACUGACUACCCGGGUCCGCACAGCUUCGACGUGUCCUUCCAGCAGUCCAGCACCGCCAAGUCGGCCACCUGGACGUAUUCCACUGAACUGAAGAAACUGUACUGCCAAAUUGCAAAGACAUGUCCCAUCCAGAUCAAGGUGAUGACCCCACCUCCACAGGGCGCUGUCAUCCGUGCCAUGCCUGUCUACAAGAAAGCUGAGCAUGUCACCGAGGUGGUGAAACGGUGCCCCAACCACGAGCUGAGCCGUGAAUUCAAUGAGGGACAGAUUGCCCCUCCCAGUCAUUUGAUUCGAGUAGAAGGAAACAGCCAUGCACAGUAUGUAGAAGACCCCAUCACAGGAAGACAGAGUGUGUUGGUACCUUAUGAGCCACCGCAGGUUGGCACUGAAUUCACGACAGUCCUGUACAAUUUCAUGUGUAACAGCAGUUGUGUUGGAGGGAUGAACCGCCGUCCAAUUUUAAUCAUUGUUACUCUGGAAACCAGAGAUGGGCAAGUCCUGGGCCGACGCUGCUUUGAGGCCCGGAUCUGUGCUUGCCCAGGGAGAGACCGGAAGGCGGAUGAAGACAGCAUCAGGAAGCAGCAGGUGUCGGACAGCGCAAAGAACGGUGACGGUACGAAGCGCCCUUUUCGUCAGAACACACAUGGCAUCCAGAUGACAUCCAUUAAGAAACGGAGGUCCCCAGAUGAUGAGCUGUUAUAUUUACCAGUGAGGGGCCGCGAGACCUAUGAAAUGCUGCUGAAGAUCAAGGAGUCGCUGGAACUCAUGCAGUAUCUGCCUCAGCACACGAUCGAGACCUACAGGCAGCAGCAGCAGCAGCAACACCAGCAUCUACUUCAGAAACAUCUCCUUUCAGCCUGCUUCAGGAAUGAGCUUGUGGAGCCCCGGAGAGAAACCCCGAGACAGUCUGACGUCUUCUUUAGACAUUCCAGCCCUCCAAACCGAUCAGUGUACCCAUAGAGCCCCAUAUCUGUAUUUGGAGCGUGUGUUUCUUGUGUUCCCGUGAACAUGUGUGCACACGCAUGCGUGUGUGUGCAUGUGCGUGUGUGUUUGUGUGUGUCCAGCCCUUGUAAGCAGGACUUGAAGACGCUUUGGCUCAGAGACCUAACUGCUCAAAGGCACACAGCCACUAGUAAGAAAAUCUUCUGAAGGGACUCAAAACUUAAAGAAAGGAUGUUUCCUGCAGAUUCUGCAUCUUUAGAUCUAGCACUGGGCAGUCAGGAACCCCCACGUUUGUCUGUGAGCUUUUGUGUUGUUCUUAGAAGGGAGGGGAUCAGAUUGGAAAGAGGGGCAUUAAGAUGUUUAUUGGAACCCUUUUCUGUUACCCUCUGUUGUGUUUUUGAAACUCUUAAAGAAACUUUUGAGCAGGUCUCAAAUGUAAGAUGUCUUUUUAAGAAAAGGAGAAAAAAGUUGUUCUUGUCUGUGCAUAAGAAAAUUGUAGGCGACUGAGAGCCUCAGUCAGGCCUUUUUAAUGCUGGUCAUGCAAUAAUAUUGCAAAUAAUAACACACUAAGGUGUCACGUGUACUGCUGGACAGAGAGGUUAUAAUUAUUACAAGUAGCCAAUGGGGGGGGUUCUUUUCUUCUUUUUGAGAAUUUGCAUUAUCAGUCUCCUCUCCUCAUAUGUAGAUAAAAAGUUCAUGAACACUGUCAGAUCCGACUAGAGUCACCUUGUUGGUAUCUGAUAUGAUAGUCCUCCUUGCCCACAGAAAUCCUUGAGCCCCAUAUCCAAAGCUGUUGUCUACACCCCAAGGCAAACAAACUUAAUUAUGUCAUUUUAAUAGGAGGGUAAAACCACUCCAGUAAUAUUGUUCUGGGCAGUUCUAGAUCAAAAUGGAGUUCAAAGUCUUCUCCACAAGAUCUCUGACUAAUUUGUUUAUUGAAGCCCCUAUCUCUCAGCCCCACCACAGAACUGGCCAUAUGGCUAACUGUUUACACCCUUUUGUUCAGGACACUUACGUUUUAUUUAAGUGAUGUCCACACAAACACAUGUUCAAAUCAACACUCCUGGUCUGAAACUUAAAAAGAUAGAAAGGGUGGCUGACUUUCUUUUUCUCUCUUUCUUUUCUUUUUUUCUCAAAGAGUUUAGAGAAUCUAUUUCUUUCCAUUUUAAAAACGUAUUUUAAAAUGAUGGUAUGAAGACUUUACAAAUCUUCCCCCACGUCUCCCCACACCAGAUCACCAGCCCUUUAUUCUGUGUUAUCACAGCAAUGAUUUCUUGUUUUUGAGGCUGUUGCUUUAUGGAUGUGUGAUUUUAAUUUUCAAUAAACUUUUGCAUCUUGGUUCA